AUGUCAGAAAUUGUAAAAAUAUUAAGAGCUCAUUUAGUAUCACUUGAAACUAAAAUUCUUGUUGCAAUGAUCGCAAUUCAAGGAACAUACGCAGCAAUCUGUGCGAGAGAUAACAAAACAGGAAAAUAUGAAACGCUUGACAGUCUCGAAGACAUGUACAGCAGAAAUGCUAAUGGUGGACGUUAG